AUGGGUUGGAAUAUUGGGACAUCAUCAUCAUCAUCAACAGAUGGGAAAGAACGUCUUCGUUGGACACAAGAUCUCCAUGAUCGCUUUGUCAAGGCAGUCACUAAGCUUGGCGGUCCUGAAAGGGCAACACCAAAGGGCAUAUUGAAGGCCAUGGGGGUUUCUGGGUUGACCAUUUACCAUGUUAAAAGCCACUUGCAGAAAUAUAGGAUGGCAAACUUUAUUCCAGAAUCCAACAACAGGAAUAAGUUUGAGAAGAAAAACAUUUCAGAAAUGCUGCCAAAUUUUAGUGCAACAUCUGCUGCUCAGCUAAAUGAAGCCAUAGAAAUGCAGAAGCAAAUUCAAAGCCGACUUAGCGACCAGCUUCAGGGCUUGAUCAAGCUUAAAAUGGAAGUCCAAGUAAGGUACAUGGAAAGAAUCAUCACAAGAGAUCAUCAUCAUCAGCAGCAGCAGCGCAACAACAUUAAAAAAUUAGUACACACGACUGCAACAACACCAAAUAUUAUUUCAUCAUCGAUGGCUACUUCUUCUCUAUCAAGUGAUCAUCAUCAUCAUGAGUCAAAUUCCAAAGGAUUAUUUGGAUCAUCAGCAGCUGACAAGAUCAGUAGUAGUUAUAGUACCACUGAAGUAUUAUUAUCCCAUAAUGAAGAUCAAGGAACAUCAUCAGAGCUUAUUAAUAAUACCAUCCCAGCUACGAAGAAGCACAGAGUUGACUACGAAAACGUCGAUGUUUUCUCUUCGUCAGUUGAUUCAUCAGACUUUUUGGCUCACAACGUCCUAUUAUUCCCAGAUGAUCAUAUCAGCUUUUAUUGGAAUAUUAUUAACAACAUUGAAGCAUGUCCUUCGCUAGCACUGCCCAGUUUCAUAUAG